AUAAACUUGCUGCAUUACAUUUUUGAAGGAAAGGGACAAUAUAAAUCAAUAAAGACUUUUUUCUAUUAUUUACAGAUAACUUUGCUACAGAUGGAGCACAACUUCGACAUUAUGAAUCAUGCUUGUCGAGCCUUAACCUAUAUGAUGGAAGCACUUCCCAGAUCAUCUGCAGUUGUGGUGGAUGCAAUUCCUGUUUUUUUGGAGAAGCUUCAAGUUAUUCAGUGUAUUGAUGUGGCAGAGCAAGCAUUGACUGCCUUGGAGAUGUUAUCACGUAGACACAGUAAAGCUAUUUUGCAGGCAGGAGGCUUAGCAGACUGUUUGCUGUACCUGGAGUUUUUCAGCAUAAAUGCUCAGAGGAAUGCAUUAGCUAUUGCUGCCAAUUGCUGCCAGAGCAUCACUCCUGAUGAGUUUCACUUUGUUGCAGAUUCUCUUCCACUGCUUACCCAAAGGCUAACCCACCAGGAUAAAAAGUCAGUAGAAAGCACUUGCCUUUGCUUUGCACGUUUGGUGGACAACUUCCAACAUGAAGAGAAUUUGCUGCAGCAGGUUGCUUCUAAGGAUUUGCUUACAAACAUUCAACAACUCCUAGUAGUGACUCCUCCAAUAUUAAGCUCAGGGAUGUUCAUCAUGGUGGUGCGCAUGUUUUCUUUAAUGUGUUCCAACUGUCCUAUGCUAGCAGUUCAGCUUAUGAAGCAAAAUAUUGCAGAAACUCUUCACUUUCUCCUUUGUGGAGCCUCAAAUGGGAGUUGUCAGGAACAAAUUGAUCUUGUUCCAAGAAGUCCUCAAGAACUGUAUGAACUUACUUCACUUAUCUGUGAAUUGAUGCCAUGCUUACCUAAAGAAGGAAUUUUUGCUGUUGACACUAUGCUAAAGAAAGGAAAUGCGCAAAACACAGAUGGUGCAAUAUGGCAGUGGCGAGAUGACAGGGGUCUCUGGCAUCCCUAUAACAGAAUUGAUAGCCGGAUAAUUGAGGCAGCUCAUCAGGUUGGUGAAGAUGAAAUAAGUCUGUCUACAUUGGGGCGUGUUUAUACAAUUGACUUUAAUUCUAUGCAGCAGAUCAAUGAGGAUACUGGAACAGCACGUGCCAUUCAGAGAAAACCCAAUCCUCUAGCCAAUACCAGUACUACCGGACAUGCAGAAUCAAAGAAGGAUGAUGCUCGAGCACAGCUAAUGAAAGAAGAUCCAGAUCUAGCUAAAUCUUUUAUUAAAAUCUUAUUUGGUGUUCUCUAUGAAGUAUAUAGUUCUUCAGCCGGACCUGCUGUUAGACACAAGUGCCUUAGAGCAAUUCUUAGAAUAAUUUAUUUUGCUGAUGCUGAACUUCUGAAGGAUGUACUGAAAAAUCAUGCUGUGUCAAGUCAUAUUGCCUCUAUGCUGUCAAGUCAAGAUCUUAAGAUAGUCGUUGGAGCCCUUCAGAUGGCAGAAAUUUUAAUGCAAAAAUUACCUGACAUUUUUAGUGUUUACUUCAGGAGAGAAGGAGUUAUGCACCAGGUGAAGAAUUUAGCAGAAUCAGAGGCUUUACUGACAAGUCCCCCCAAGGCUUGCACUAAUGGCUCAGGAACACUUAGUGCUACUACAACAGUAAGCACUGGAACAGCCACUACUGCUAGCAAUGCUGCUUCAGACUUAGGUUCUCCAAGCUUACAGCAUACCAGGGAAGACUCUUUGGACCUGAGUCCACAGGGCCGACUAAGUGAUGUUUUGAAGAGAAAAAGAUUGCCAAAACGUGGACCCCGAAGGCCAAAAUAUUCACCUCCCAGAGAUGAGGACAAAGUAGACAAUCAAGCAAAAAGCCCUACUGCUACGCAAUCUCCCAAAUCUUCCUUCUUGGCAAGUUUGAAUCCUAAAACGUGGGGAAGAUUAAGCACACAGUCGAACAGCAACAACAUUGAACCAGCACGUACAGCUGGUGUGAGUGGUCUGGCAAGAGUUGCUUCAAAAGAUACAAUAUCCAACAACAGAGAGAAAAUUAAGAGUUGGAUUAAAGAGCAAGCUCACAAAUUUGUGGAACGUUAUUUUAGUUCGGAAAAUAUGGAUGGAAGUAACCCUGCACUAAAUGUGUUACAGAGACUUUGCACUGCAACUGAACAACUCAACCUUCAGGCGGAUGGUGGAGUUGAGUGCCUUGUAGAAAUUCGUAGUAUAGUCUCUGAAUCUGAUGUCUCUUCGUUUGAGAUCCAGCACAGUGGGUUUAUGAAGCAGCUGCUGCUUUACUUGACGUCAAAGGGUGAAAAAGAUGCUGUAAGCAGAGAUGUCAGAUUGAAAAGGUUCCUUCAUGUGUUUUUCUCUUCUCCUCUUCCUGGAGAAGAACCCCUUGGAAGAUUAGAACCUUUAGAAAAUGCACCUUUGUUAGCAUUGGUCCAUAAAAUGAAUAAUUGUCUUAGUCAGAUGGAGCAAUUUCCAGUUAAAGUCCAUGACUUUCCAAGUGGAAAUGGAACGGGCAGCAGAGGAUCACAAGCUUUAAAAUUUUUCAACACACAUCAGUUGAAAUGCCAGCUGCAAAGACACCCAGAUUGUGCUAAUGUGAAACAGUGGAAAGGAGGACCUGUGAAGAUAGAUCCUCUUGCGUUGGUACAAGCAAUUGAAAGAUACCUUGUAGUUAGAGGUUAUGGCAGAGUGAGAGAAGAUGAUGAAGAUAGUGAUGACGAUGGCUCAGAUGAGGAAAUAGAUGAAUCUCUGGCUGCUCAGUUCCUAAAUUCAGGGAAUGUGAGGCACCGGCUUCAAUUCUAUAUUGGGGAUCAUCUCCUGCCAUACAACAUGACAGUUUAUCAAGCAGUUAGACAAUUUAGUUUGCAAGCCGAAGAAGAGAGGGAGUCUACAGAUGAUGAAAGCAACCCAUUGGGAAGAGCUGGCAUAUGGACCAAAACUCAUACCAUUUGGUACAAGCCAGUACGAGAAGAUGAAGAUAGUAAUAAAGAUUGUGUUGGUGGUAAAAGAGGAAGAGCACAAACUGCUCCUACGAAAACAUCUCCCAGAAAUGCAAAAAAACAUGAUGAAUUGUGGCAUGAUGGUCUAUGUCCUUCUGUCUCAAAUCCUUUGGAAGUUUAUCUCAUAUCUUCCGCUCCUGAAAGUAUAACUUUUGAAGAUCCUUCAUUAGAUGUUGUUAUUCUUUUAAGAGUUUUACAUGCCAUGAGUCGUUAUUGGUAUUAUCUAUAUGAUAAUGCAAGCUGUAAAGAAAUUAUUCCAACAUCUGAAUUUAUCAACAGUAAGCUAACAGCAAAAGCUAACAGACAGCUUCAAGAUCCUUUGGUAAUAAUGACAGGAAACAUACCAACAUGGCUGACAGAGCUUGGAAAAUCAUGUCCUUUUUUCUUUCCAUUUGACACCCGGCAAAUGCUGUUUUAUGUAACUGCAUUUGAUCGUGAUCGAGCCAUGCAGAGACUGCUGGACACUAAUCCAGAAAUCAAUCAAUCUGAUUCUCAGGAUAGCAGAGUAGCACCCCGGCUGGAUCGGAAAAAGCGCACAGUGAAUAGAGAGGAAUUGUUAAAACAAGCAGAAUCGGUGAUGCAAGAUCUGGGCAGUUCAAGAGCUAUGUUGGAAAUCCAGUAUGAAAAUGAAGUUGGCACAGGUUUAGGCCCCACACUGGAGUUUUAUGCACUUGUAUCUCAGGAAUUACAAAGAGCAGACUUGGGCCUGUGGAGAGGUGAAGAAGUUACUCUUGCCAAUCCUAAAGGAAGCCAAGAAGGGACCAAAUAUGUUCAUAAUAUUCAAGGUCUGUUUGCACUUCCAUUUGGCAGAACUGCUAAGCCUGCCCAUAUUGCUAAAGUUAAAAUGAAGUUCCGCUUUCUGGGGAAAUUAAUGGCAAAAGCAAUCAUGGAUUUUAGACUGGUUGACCUUCCACUUGGCCUUCCCUUUUACAAAUGGAUGCUGCGGCAGGAAACAUCUCUAACAUCUCAUGACUUGUUCAAUAUUGACCCUGUAGUAGCCAAAUCUGUGUAUCAUCUUGAAGAAAUUGUGAGACAGAAGAGAAGACUUGAACAAGACAAAUCACAGACCAAAGAAAGUCUACAAUAUGCACUGGAGACCCUUACAAUGAAUGGCUGUUCAGUUGAAGAUCUAGGAUUGGAUUUCACAUUGCCAGGGUUUCCAAAUAUAGAACUGAAAAAAGGAGGGAAAGACAUACCUGUAACUAUUCAUAAUUUAGAAGAAUAUCUCAGACUUGUUAUUUUCUGGGCACUAAAUGAAGGUGUUUCUAGACAAUUUGACUCAUUCAGAGAUGGAUUUGAAUCUGUCUUUCCCCUUAGUCAUCUUCAGUACUUCUAUCCCGAGGAGCUGGACCAGUUGCUGUGUGGUAGCAAAACAGACACUUGGGAUGCAAAGACACUAAUGGAAUGUUGCAGGCCAGAUCAUGGAUAUACACAUGACAGUCGUGCUGUGAAAUUCCUGUUUGAAAUUCUUAGUAGUUUUGAUAGUGAACAACAGAGAUUAUUUCUUCAGUUUGUGACUGGUAGCCCUAGACUGCCAGUAGGAGGCUUUCGAAGUUUGAAUCCUCCCCUUACGAUUGUACGGAAGACAUUUGAAUCCACAGAAAAUCCAGAUGACUUCUUACCCUCCGUAAUGACCUGUGUAAACUAUCUCAAGUUGCCAGACUAUUCAAGUAUUGAGAUAAUGCGUGAAAAACUUUUGAUAGCUGCAAAAGAAGGGCAGCAGUCAUUCCACCUUUCCUGAUCACAAAGAAUAAUGCAAUGUCUGCCUGUUACAGCAAAAAGAGAAUCAUGAUUCUUUUCUAAAUGUAUCAUCUGAGUCGAGGAAACGUUACGCCUUGUUUAGAAAACGGCUUGCAGAUUAUAAACAAAGACACUAGGUUGAUAUUCAUUAAAGGCCCCUUGGACUUUAAAGUGAUCAGGCCCUAAAGUUGUUGUGACAAGGUUUCUUUAGCAAGUUCUUGUUUUAAAUUAUCAUUUAUCAAUGAGUGAAGUUUAACUUGCUUUGCUGUGUGAAAUUUAAAAGGGAUGUUUUUUCAGGCUGGAACAAUAAAUGUUGCUGUGCAGUUUAAUACUGGGCUGUGUGUAUCCAUCUAGCCAAGUCUGCAGUUUUUUCCUCCCAAAGACAACUUUGUACAUAAGUACAGAAAUUGAAAGAAGUAUUGGACCUUCUAGCUAAGUAGACUAGUUCUGUAUACCAUGAUUUGCUCCCCUUUCCCUCCCUCAUGUAUUGUCUGAUAUGCAAUCCAUAUGGCUCUAUUUGUGUGCAUCACUCACAAUUGUUACAUUUUUGGACAUGGACAUUUACUGUUCCAUGUUUUCUCAAAUUAAAAAAAUAAUUUAAUUUUAUUAAAUAUAUUGUCAAUAAUUCCACCUUUGUAAGUAGGUAGGAUGUUUCCUAUAGCUUAGUUUUAAUGUAGUAGUGUAUAUUGGCUACUUACCAGAAGAAACUCUAGAGCUGUUUACACAGUAAUUUAGGCAAACCAACUCUUACCAGGGGCUAGGAGGAGUGUAUGCUUUUUGUGUAGUUGAAAAACUCAACAAUUGAUUGGUCUGGCCAAUAUUUAUGAUGUGGCCAGAACAUUUUGAAUUGAUGUAAAGUUUUUUAUAAAGUCAAAUUAAUAUUUUUUUCUUCCCUGUUCAGUCCUGUUUCCUUUAUUUUAAGUUCAUAGUUUUCUUUGAAUUACUUGCCCCUGCUGUCAACUAGCAUUCCCUCCCCCCCAUUUGCCCACAAUACUGGUAUGGAUCAAGACAAUUCAUCCAUUUUUGACACAGAUAAUGCACCUGUAAGAAAUGCUGUCCUACUGUUUUAUGUGCUGAUUUCUCAAAUCUGCAAUAAUUUACUUCAUCAGGUUAAUGUUUUUACCUGAAUAUAAAUAAAGUUUGCUUCACCUUUUUGUUCAUAGUUCUGUACUGUAUGCAUAAGUUCAAACCUGUAAAUUAUUCCAAUGCAAGUAAAUCAUCUUAAAUUUCGUUGGCUAAGUUGCCAUCUUGUCAUGGAUGAUUUACCAUUAAACAAGAGUUUGCAAGA